UCUAUAUUCAUAAAGAUUUAAACAAACACGUAUUAUCAGUGUUAACUUCAACAUCUUAAAAUACGGAUGAGUAUAAUAUUAGAAUUGUAUACGAGGAUAUUUUACACUUAGAGGAUAUCAGCAAAACUUCAGAUAUGCAUGUGAAUGCGACAGAAAUCUAUCAAAAUAGUACAACAGAAUAUCUCAACUAUUACGGAACAGUGAACCUAGAAAGAGAUAUACAGAAGUAUUCAAAGCCUGUCAUUUGUCUGUCAGGAUUUAUCGGGAACUUUCUAUCAGCAGCCAUCUUUCUCAGUAAAUCACAGAGGAAAACAUCAUGCAGUCUGUAUCUAGGGGUACGUUCGCUCUCAGAUACAGGCUUUUUGAUAUCACUGUUUUUUAUUUGGUUAGGUGAUAUGCAAGUGAAUGCAUUCAAAGCUCCCGGAUUAUGCCAGUCUAUUAUAUUCUUAUCAUAUGUUUGUGCGUUUUUAUCUGUGUGGUUUAUCGUGAUAGUAACGUUUGAAAACUACAUUCGGAUUUGUAUGCCGUUCCAAGUUAAUACAUAUUGCACAACAAGGAAGGCAAAGAUUAUAAUUGUACUGUUCACACUGAUAUCAUUUAUAAUUUACAAUUUCACUAUAUGGACUUUCACUGUCAAGAUAGCUUCCUCUGGCAUGUCACUGUGUUUGCCGAUCCAGGAGUUUAAUUACAUAUUACAGUACUUGUAUUAUAUUGACACCGUCGUAACGCUUGUACUGCCAACAUUGAUAACAAUAGUUUUAAUGAUACCAAUUACAUACAAUUUAUUAGAACUUCUUCGAAGACAACAAGCUCGCCUUACUGGAAAAACUCAACAGAAAGACAGAAGACAGAGCACCCCGCAAAGUAAAGUUACAAAACUCUUAUUUUCAGUGUCACUUGCAUUCAUUUUGCUCAGUUUACCAAGUCAUGUUGUUCGAACACAUCUUGCAAUUUCAAGCUUUGUCGCAAUGGAAGCGAUAGAUCCGUUGGUGGUAUCUUUGAAAUACAUAUUUGAAACUAUUUAUUACCUAAGCUUUGCCGUCAACAUUGUGAUAUAUCUAACGUUUGGUGAUAGAUUCAGAAGUGAUUUUAAGAACAAGUUUUGCUCAAGGUUCAGCAGUAAAAAAGAACAGGCGUCACAAACAACCCCUUCAGUGUUAAAUGCUGAUAGAGAAGAAUCAAACACUUUGUUAUGUCACGCAAACAAUGUGACAAGUGAAACUCAUGUCUAAACAACACUAAUUAUCAUGAAAUAAUACACAAUGCUUGUGUAAAUAUGUCUAAAUACUUAACAAGUGAAACUCAUGUCUAAACAAUACUAAUUAUCAUGAGAUAAUACACAAUUCAUGUGUAAAUACGUCUAAAUACUUAACAAGUGAAACUCAUGUCUAAACAAUACUAAUUAUCAUGAGAUAAUACACAAUUCAUGUGUAAAUACGUCUAAAUACUUAACAAGUGAAACUCAUGUCUAAACAAUACUAAUUAUCAUAACAUAAUACACAAUUUAUUUGAACAUAUGUCUAAAUACUUUAAAAAUAGACAAAAUGUGUUCUUAUUCUACAUUAAAAAGUAAGCAUUGCGUAUUCGAAAAACAUAAAGACGAACAUAUGUCUAGGAAAUAAUUUAAUUGCUUUACACUGAAUUACAAGUACAUGUAAACUGACGGAAUGAACAUUAAUUUAAAUGAAGAGUGGAUAAUCAUGUUUAUAUCAAAAUCUCUGCUGGUGUUCAACGGAAAUGUCUUACAACCAGAAGCAUAACAUAAAUAUUGUUCAAGAAUCAAUACACUAUGUCCAAUUUCAAAAAUUAAAGCUAACAUUAGUCAAGCUUACAAUAAUUGACGUAGACUCAGUAAGCUUGUCAAAUCUAUUCUACACGUUUCUUACGUUUUUGACUAUCAUAAAAUUCCUCAGAUAUUUCGCUGAACUUAAAUAACGUAUAACUAGUUAUGGAUUAGUGUAAUAAAGACACAUAUAUUGUUAUUAAUUCUUUCGUUACUAAUGAUACUUAAUUACAACAAAGUACAGUGUUCGUCUCUUCCAAAGUUAUAUCCAAGACGAACAAAUCUUUAUUUUGCACCAGUAAUUCAGUGUAUCAGUUUUGAAAUCUCCACAAUCUCGACUAUUUACAAAGUCCAUUUCACAUUUAGUUGGAUACACAGUUUUAAUAGUUUGCAAUUGAUUGUGUCCUACAUUGUUCUGAAAGUAGAUUAAAUGUACGUUACAUUGUAAUGUUUUGUUUAAGCUUUAACCAGAAAGUUGUUUUUGUCUUUUGCUUUUGUGUAAGGAAAAUCGGUCUUAUAUUUAUUUCAUUUUUAAGAUAUCUUAUAAAGUUUAAUAGAUAUCUGAUAAAGAAAUUAAUACAUAUCUUACUUAUUUAUGGUAAAUCAGAUAUUUAAC